CGGCCGGCCCCGGGCAGCCGUGGAGGCGGCGAGCGCCCGGCCGCGGCCCCGCUGAGCGGGGCCAGGCUUGGACCUCCAGGCCGGGGGGGCCAUGGCAGAAGCCACGAUAUGCAUUGGGGACCAGAUCAUCCUGGAGGAAAACUAUGAUGAGAGCUACAUCCCCAGUGAGCAAGAAGUCCGGAAUUAUGCUUGGGAGAUUGGGAUCAACCCUGAGAAGGAGCCAGAGCUGAUCUGGCUGGCAAGGGAAGGCAUCAUGGCCCCGCUGCCACCUCAGUGGAAGCCCUGCCAGGACACCAAUGGUGACCUCUAUUACUUCAACUUUGCCACUGGGCAGUCCAUGUGGGACCACCCCUGCGACAUUCAGUACCGAGAGCUCGUCCUGCGGGAGCGAGAGAAGCUGCUGGCACAGGGCCCCCUCAGGAGGAAAGAGAAGAAGAAGAAGAAAGACAAGAGAGAGAAGACAGAGAAAAAAGAGAAGAAGGAAAAGAAGGAGAAGCAGUCCCUGAAGCGAUCCCCACCCUUAGGCAGCCUGCUGGCACCCAUCCCAGCCCCCCGGGGCCCCCUGGCGCCGCUGCGAGGCCCCGGGGCAGCGCCGGCCCCCACCCGGCCUGGGGCAGCGGACUCGGAGCGGGGCAGCUCCGUGGACUCCAGCCCCGUGGGCACGGCAGGAGCGCAGCCUGCAGAGCCCUGCAAGCUCAGCCUCCAGAGCACAAAGCUGCUGGGCCUGGUCUGUGAAGAGCUGAGCUCCCUGCACACAGCAGCCCUGCAGGAAGGGAGGAGUGAAGAGGAGGAGAGUGAGGAGAGCCUCCGUGGGACAUCCAGGUGGCUGAGGAACCUGCACGUGGAUGUCAGUGCCCUGGGAGGCAGCUUUGAGUCAGAGCAGGAGAAGAGCAGAGCAGAGGAGGGAAGCCACAGCAGCCCCGUGGCUGAUGGUGCUGGAGCUGAUCUGCAGCAGCAGGGGAGCCCUGAGGAGGAGGCUGGCAGCCUGGCAGAGGAGUCUCUGAGGUCGAGAGAGCCUGGAGAAGGGAGAGAGUCUCGCCCGGACUCCGCUGCCGCCUGCCCCCCGACGCCAGCCCAAGGCCUCCCUGGGGAUAGGGAAGAAGCAGCAGCAGCUGAUCUGCAGCCAGGCAGCAGGCUGGACUCUGGCCAACUCUCCCAGGCCUCUGAGACCAGCCAUGGGGGGGAGGAGCUGCCAGCCUCCAGCCAGGACCCUGAGCUGCUGCAGCCUCUGGCCCAGGAGCUGGGAGGAGAGGAGAAAGGGCACAGCAGAGCCAGAGCAGAGGAAGAGCAGAGCCAAGGAACAGCAGCUGGGAGUGAGGGGGGUCAGAGUGCUUGUGAAGCCCCAGGAGAGAAGCAUUUUGCUGUGGAGGAGCCCAGCCUGGAGGAGGUGGUGGCCCAGGAGCCAGAGGAGGGAGCAGAGGGCUCCCUGGAGAGCCCCCAGAACAUGCAGCCUGAGGAGGAAGCCAAGCAGGAGCAGUCCUUGACCCAGCCCAGUGAGUCCCUGGAGGCUGCAGCCAAGGGGCUGGAGCAAGAGGAAAUGCCUUGGCUGCAGGCAAAGGAGGAGAGGGUUCAGCAGUUCCAGCAGGAGAUGAAGCUGCAGGAGGAGGAGGAGGAGGCUGAGAAGCUUCAGCAGCAGAAAGAAGAAUCCCUCAGGCCUCUGAGGGCAGAUCUGGCAAAGGCUGCUGAGGAGGAGGAGCUCUGUGUCAGGAGGGAGGAAGCCAAGAGGCUCUCAGAGCUGAGAGCCACACUGGCUGCAGAGGCCCAGGAGGAGCAGGAGAGGAUGAGGGCAGAGCAGGAGGCCAUGCUGCAGAGGCUGAGGCAGCAGUGGGAAUCCCAGCAGGUGGUGGAGAGGGAGAGCCUGGAGAGGAAGCAGCAGCUUGCCUUGGAGAAGAUGAAGCUGGCCUUGGAGGAAGCUCAGCAGAAGGAGAUGGCUGAGCUGGAGCAAGAGAAGGAACAGUUCCUGAGGGAGCUGAAGGAGAGACUAGACAGGGAGAAGAAGGAGGCUGCAGCAGAGCUGGAGAAAGAGUUUGCAGCUGAACUGCAGCAGCUGAGAUCUGCAGCAGAGGAGAAGCACCACAAGGUCACUGCCAGCCUGCAGAGCCAGCUGGCAGAGGCACAGAGCAGGGAGGAAGCUCAGCUGCAGGAAGCCUUGCAGGGGGCAGAGCAGAAGGUGCAGAGGAAGGCCUUCCAGCUCUCCGAGUACCAGCGAGAGCUCAGUGAGCUCAUGAGGGAGCGACGGCAGCAAGUGGAGAGGGAGCACGAGAGGAGGAUGGAGAGGCUGAAAGGGGAGCACCAGGCAGCCCUGGCCCAGGCUCAGCAGCUGUAUGAGGAGGAGGAGCGGCUGCAGCGAGCGCAGCUGCUGGAGGGGCUGAGGAGCGAGGCCGCCCGCGUCCGGCAGCUGCAGCAGGCAGAGCUGAAGGCUCUGCAGGCACAGCUGGACCAGAGGCUCACUGCACUGCAGCUCCAGCACCAGGAGAAGGAAAGGAAGCUGCAGGAUUCAGAAGCUGAGCUUGAGGCUCGCAGGAGGAACGUCCAGGCCAGAGCAGCUCAGCUGCAGAGCCAGGAGGAGGCUCUGAGGAAGAAGAGGCAGCAGCUGCUGGAGGAGGAGAGGAGGGCUGAGCUGGAAAGAGAGGACGCUGCUGCAGCCUCUCAGCUGCGGCUGGAGGAGGGCAGGAAGGAGCACUGCAGCCUCCUGGAGUCCAUGCGGCAGCUGCGCGGCAGCCUGCAGGAGCUGCAGGAGCAGAAGGCUGAGCUGGAGGCUCAGGUGGAUCUGCUGCAGGCACGGAGCCAGCGGCUGCAGAAGUACCUCAGCGAGCUGGAGGCAGCUGUCAGGGGCAGGCAGGAGGCUCUGAGGGACCUGGAGGCCAGAGAAGGUGUGGAACCUGCCGGGGGGAAAGCUGAGCUCCGUGUUGAAGACCUCCAGGAAGCUCCUGAAGCUCACUCCCCCAGAGAGGUCCCUGCCCCAUCCUGCCCCAGCCACGAGGACAGCGCCCCCCGGCUGGCACAGGGGGCCAAGGCGUUCCUGCGGCGCCAGGCCCGCUCGGUGCGCCGGCGGCGCUCGGCCCUCAGAGCUGCCAGGCAGCAGUGGCAGCAGGACCUGCAGAGGGCCCAGGAGGUGGUGCAGGACCCUGACACCUCCCAGCUGCUGGAGGGCAUCCACAGGAACCUGGAGCAGGAAGCAAAGCAGUUGGACCAGAUGAGGUCAGCUAUGCACAAGGGCCAGGUGCUGCUGAGGAGGAAGGAGGAGAAGCUGAACCAGCUGGAGGCCUCCCUGCUGGAGGAGCUUUCAGAUGAAGACAGCCUGAGGAGUGCUGUGUGCAGGAAGGUAACCUUUGGCCUGAGCAGCUCUGAGGACAGCAGCAGCUCCUCCAGCACCAACCUACCUCAGCCAAGCUUGGAGCUCAGAGCUGGUUUGUGCCCUGCCCCACAGCUGGAGAAGGUGCAGAGCCUGAGGGGCUCCCUGCAGCACAUCAGCAGUGAGCUGAGUGGGGUCCUUGGCCUCCUGGACUCCCUGAGCCAACACCACUCUCCCCUCAUCACCUCCACACCCUGCCCUGCUGGCCCCCUGCCCACCUAUGCCUCCCUGGCAGGACUUCAGCCCCCUGCUGGGGGGUCUCUGGUGGACCAGUGGGCCUGGAGCCAUGGGCUGAGCUCUGCUCUGGCAGCUGGGCAGCCUGGGGACAGCAUCCCGGCAGGGAGAUGGCAGCAGGGUCACCCAGGUGGGUCCCCAGUGCUCAGUGGCAGUCCCAGGCCUCUGGACCCCAGGCUGGGCUACAUCCCUGCAGGGGAGCAGAUCCGCAGGCUGCAGCGCGCCCGGGAGCCGGAGCAGAGGAGCAUCCAAGGGAUGAUUGAGACCAGCAAGAAGUGGUUGGAAGACUUCCAGAGGGGUUCCAAAGUACCUCCCUUCCCAGGAGCACAGAAGCCCCCUGCCAGCACCCCCAGCCUGCUUCAGCUGGGACUGGAUGACAACAGACAAAUUAAAGUGUUCCAUUACUGACAGCUGGGCCCAGUC